CGUUUCCCUACGGUUGAGUUUAUAGAGCUGGCUAUUUAAUCAUCAUCAGCAUCAUCAUCAUCACAGCACCACCACCACCGCACGCGCUGGCUGCUGAUUCGUUAACUGUCCCGCAUCGGUACUCGUACGGAAACGUCCUUCCUUGCACUGCGCGUGCAGAGCGCGCGAGGAACACCGUGGAAGUUUGUUUUUGUUUAUUUGUUUUUGUUUAUUUGUUUUUGUUUGCUCGGCGGUCUCGCUCCAAAGAGUAAAGAGUCACGCGCUAAAUUCGAACGAUUCAAACCCGGCGCGCGCGCGCGCAGCUAGCUUCGGAUGCUGACAUUGUGAACGUCCUUUAUUAUUCGUGAGAAAAAAGAAAGAUAUAUAGAAAGAAGGAAGGAAGGAAGGAAGGAAAGAGAGAGAAGGAAUAGAAUGAAUAAAUCCGUAUCUGUCUCUCCAGGGUUCCAGUUGUCCUCGUUAGUCUUCCGUUAAACGCUGACAGAUUUAUUAGCGUCAGAACUUCUGCAACAAAAUGUUAGCCGUUGCUAAGCUACAAAGCUAAACUUCGACCGACUCCGAGUCGGUUCACAUACCUAAAAAGGGCGUGUUAGCUUAGCAUUCUAGCUAAGCGGCUCACAGGGAACUAGGAAGGAAGUCGUUUCGGUUAAACAGAAAGAUUAACCAGCAGGAGGAGGUUUUGUUUCUAAAGAUGCUGCGUGACACUCGGGUCAGUUUGUAAACACACGACUCCAUCAUGGCAUCACGAGUGGACCGGACUUUAAGGGUGAACGUGAUGGAGGUCACAGUGAUGGUGGUGGUGGUGGUGGUGAUGGUGGUGAUCUCAGGGACUCCUGUGCUCGCCAGUUCCCCACAGAAAGCACACACCAACAACAACCAGGGCAACGUUUCAUCAGGACAUCAGGACAAAGCUUUCCCCGUGUUGGAUUUCGACUAUGAACACGUUCACUAUCCUUUCGUCAUAUUCUUGUGGAUCCUGCUGGCUUCCCUGAUGAAAUUAGGAUUCCACUUGAUCCCGCGGUUGUCCUCGAUUGUCCCAGAGAGCUGUCUGUUGAUAGUGGUGGGCCUUUUAGUGGGCGGGCUCAUCAGACUCCUGGGUGAGAAACCCCCUGCACUCGGUUCCGAGCUCUUCUUCUUGUGUCUUCUUCCUCCUAUCAUCUUGGAUGCCGGUUACUUCUUACCCAUAAGGCCCUUUAUGGAGAACCUGGGCACCAUCCUGAUUUUCGCUGUGGUGGGCACUCUGUGGAACUCCUUUUUCAUCGGCAGCCUGCUGUUCGGCGUGUGUCAGAUCGAGGGCACUAACCUGGCCACGGUCACUCUGUUGCCCUGCCUGCUUUUCGGCGCCAUUAUCUCCGCCGUGGAUCCCGUAGCCGUCCUGGCCGUGUUCGAAGAGAUUCACAUCAACGAGCUCCUGCACAUCCUUGUGUUCGGAGAGUCGCUGCUUAACGACGCCGUCACAGUGGUUCUGUAUCACCUGUUUGAGGAGUACUCAUCCAGGAGCUCUGUAAACGUAGGAGACGUCUUUCUGGGCGUAGUGUCUUUCCUGGUGGUGUCUCUGGGUGGCAUAAUGAUAGGAGCUAUCUACGGAUUACUGACAGCCUUCACCUCCCGCUUCACCUCACACACUCGCGUUAUCGAGCCACUUUUUGUCUUCGUCUAUAGCUACCUGGCGUACCUGUCAGCUGAGGUGUUCCACCUGUCCGGCAUCAUGGCACUGAUUGCAUGCGGCGCUGUAAUGCGACCCUACGUGGAGGCCAACAUAUCCCACAAGUCCCAUACCACCAUCAAGUACUUCUUAAAGAUGUUGAGCAGCGUGAGCGAGACGCUGAUCUUCAUCUUUCUCGGGGUUUCCACGGUGGCCGGGGCUCACAAGUGGAACUGGACGUUUGUCACGGUGACCGUAAUCCUGUGCAUGGUGGCUCGCGUUCUUGGAGUCAUCAGUUUGACCUUCGUGAUCAACAAAUUCCGCAUAGUAAAGCUCACCACCAAGGACCAGUUCAUCAUAGCGUAUGGUGGCCUGCGCGGAGCGAUCGCUUUCUCCCUGGUCUACUUGCUCAAAGAGGACCAGUUCCCUAUGAAAGACAUGUUUCUCACAGCUGUCAUCACCGUUAUCUUCUUCACCGUCUUCGUACAGGGCAUGACCAUUCGUCCUCUGGUGGACCUGCUAGCCGUCAAGAAGAAGCAGGAAACCAAGCGAUCCAUCAACGAGGAGAUCCACACCCAGUUUUUGGACCACCUGCUGACGGGUAUCGAGGACAUCUGCGGACACUACGGACAUCAUCAUUGGAAGGACAAGCUGAACCGCUUCAACAAGAAGUACGUGAAGAAGUGCCUGAUAGCGGGCGAGCGCUCCAAAGAGCCCCAGCUCAUCGCCUUCUAUCACAAGAUGGAAAUGAAGCAGGCCAUCGAGCUGGUGGAGAGCGGAGGAGUCAAACCGCCGUCCGCCAUGCCGUCCACCGUGUCCAUGCAGAAUAUCCAGCCUAAGAAAGCUCCAGAGCGAAUGCUGCCUCAGCUCUCCAAAGGCCAAGAGGAGGAGAUCCAGAAGAUUCUACGCACCAACCUGCAGAGGACACGGCAGAGAUUGCAGUCCUAUAACAGACACACGCUUUUGGCCGAUCCGUUCGAGGACGGCUUUAAGGAGAUCAUGAUCAAAAGGAAGAGGAUGAAGGAUUUAGAGAAGAAGCUUACUCAGAUGAAUAAUUACCUCACCGUUCCAGCCGCACCUCCCGAUUCUCCCACCAUCGGCAGAUCAAGACUGAUUUCUGACCCUCAAACCUGGAGCACGAAGCCUACAUCGACCAACAAAGAUCUCCCGUCAAUCAAAGUGGAUCUGGCUUCACCUCAAAGCCCAGACUCGGUCAACGAGGUGAACGAGUUCAGCAAGACGACGGAACAAGACCCUGCUGAGGAAGAGGAGGGGCUGGUGAUGCUGAGAAAGAAAGAGGACCGGACCGGAGAGAAGGGAGAGCAAGAAGACACGAAAGAUCCACGACUCCUCCGCUGCCUGAGUGACCCCGGACCUGCCGUCAACGAGGACGAGGAGGACCAGCCCUUCAUCCAAUGAGAGCAUAAAGCUGCAUGUAACCGGCGAUCUGACCGCUUUAUCAGCGGUCACACUAGCUUUCUGAAAGGUGGCUAAGGGGCUUGAGAAUUCCUUUUAACACCGCACUGUUUACGGACAGAAUUUCAUCUAGUCUUUUUUUUUCUUUCUUUCUUUCGUUCUUUAGCUUGGGGCUUGUGUUGGGUUGAGGUUUACUGAACUUUAAGCCAAAAUGAUGAUGAAACAAAAAAACAAGAACCAAAAAAAACAAAACACUGAAGGUGUUUGAGGGGGAGGAAAAGAAGAAGAAGAAAGAAAGAAAAACAGCCAUCAUUUUCUAGCUUUAUCUUUCUUGUCAGAGGAACGUGAGGGGGUUGAACUAUGCAUUACCAAAGUUUCACACCGAUGUAGUCCAUGACUAGAGUUCUUCAGUUCUUCUUCUUCUUUUUUGUUUUUUUUUUUAAAUCAUUGAUGAAUUUAUUGCUUAUGGAACAUGAAAUUGUCACCUAGUGCAUUGAAUCUUAACAUAGGACCCUUUGUUUUUUUCAGGAGCAAUAUUAAACUAAGGGCACACGACGGCCUUUUCACUUCUAAAAUCAGUCACCUGGUCCAAUCCCAGCUCUGACUUUAGAGUGUUAUUUGCCUGUACGUUUGUGUUUGUCUUUCGUCACUGUGUAAAUACUACAGCAGGUAGUAUUUGGUGCAUCGGAUAAUUGAAUGCUUAGAUACUUAGAUAAUAACUCGCUGCAUGAAACCUAGCGAAAGGAAAAUACGGAUAUGUUUUUUUUUUAUAGGACACGCACUGUACUGUACUGUAACUGCAGAGAGAUCGAUUAUAUAUUUACUUCGUUUUAUUCCAGGGGAUUUGACGUUUAUGGUUGUUUUUGGUUCAUGCGUUCUGUACUUUGUGCUAUUACUUUAUGAAAUACUUGACUUUUUUUUUUUAAACCUCAUUCCUUUCAAAUGCACUUCAGCGCCUUUAACAAUUCUGUGUGUGUGUGUGUGUGUGUGUGUGUAUAUAUAUAUAUAUAUAUAUAUAUAUAUGUUUUAUAUAUAUAUUGCACAUAACCAUUGUCCACUUGGUGGAUGUUUUGAUGCAGCGCUUUAUAGAUUUCUGUCAGUCUAGUCCGGGACCUUCUGGUGGUCCUAGUCUAAAAAAGACUGGUAGUUAAUUAGGUUUUGCGAAUCGUGCAUUUACUUCCCUUUAUACAUCCCUGAUUGCUCUACAAGGUUAGCUGGGGGUUCCUUAUACACUAUGCAGCAGGGCAGUACAUGCAGAUGGAUUUCACUUGGGGUCCCCCCACCACCACCCCUUUAAAUCAUCAGUACAGCUGUGUAUCACUGCGACUUCUUGCCCUGACAGUCUGAGCACUAAUUCAGUCUGAUUUAUGGCUCUUUUCAGACAAGAGUAAAUAUCUCGAGCUAUUCUGCAGGCCGAGUAGAUUAGAUAUAUUUUUUUAAAUGGAAAUGCUAAAUUUUACACGAAACAUCAAAAUGUAUGCUAACCUAUUUGCCCGCUGUAUCUCGUGACGUAUUACCGUCGUAGUCCGGACAUUUUAAAUACCAAAAUACUAUCAUCAAUACCAUUGAUGCUAACAAAAUGCUAAUGGGGUGUUUUUUUGUUCUUUUUUUUUUUCUCAUUUAUUAAGCCACACAGUAGUAUUCACAGAUUUGUUCUUUGUAGCUCUAACUAUCGAGCAGUGAGCUUAGGAUGUCAUCUGCCACCAAAUCGUGGACAUUUUGCGACUUGUUGUCGGUUUUGAACGAGGGACUAUUACACCGAGGACGAGACGCUACAACACUGUGCAAUUAUCAGAACGAGAGUUCAACUUGUAAUGAAAUAUGUAACGAACCUGUUCAAACCCCGACUUUUAAGGAAAACUAUCAUCUCCGAUCAACAACGCACACGAAUAGAUUUUAACAAAUCGCAAAAUGUUCUUAUGGAUUGACAUUUUUUUCCCCCCAUAAUUUGUAUUUUCCAAAGAAAAAAAAGUCCUUCAUUCUUUUCUUCAUUCUCUUUUAUAUACGUUUUAUACUCCUAACACUUUUUUUUUGUUAUAUUUUCUUUUUUUUCCAGUUAUUUUUUUUUUCCAUGUUUUUUUUGUUUGUUAUAGCAGGAGUUUCGCAGCGUUUGUGUGUCGUAGGUUGUGUGCCUUUGAAGCACCGCGUCUGGUUUAGACGCAAGGUGAAGGACCACGAGAGAACAUGGCAGCUCACUGUGUGCAUGUACGUGUCCUUUUAAACGCAUAGACGAUCCGGGUGUGACGACCGUCGCAGUCCAUCCUGCUGCUCAAACCCUUACUGUACUGCUAAUAUUUCACUCUUGACACAACACUGGGGAAACUCAACCUGACUAGUUGUACAUAAAAAGCCAUGUUAGAUGCUUGGCUAGUUUUGCAUUAUGCAGUGAGAACUACCUAGCUACUUAAUCACAAACUACCAUUUAACAACAUCCUCAUGUUCGUUUAUGUGGAAUCGGGUACAUAAAAGCGUUCUAGCUUCAUGAAAGUCAUUAUAAGGAUGAUUUGAGCAAACCGAACCGUGAGCUCAUCAGCAGGAGGGAACAGCUAACGUCUACACACCACACCGUAAGCGACAUCGACACUAUUGUAUUCUUGCUUUCGUUUGCUCGCUAACAGCCAAAAAAAAAAAAAAAUCAUCUCAUGAUGUCAUCUUUCUCUUAAACGGAGGAACCGAUUCAGGGGUUUUAGAGUAGGACUGGACUGGACUGUACUGUAACUGGUCUAAUGUGAUCCUGUAUCAGAUUUUUAUUCCCUUUUAUUACGCAUAGGAAACAUUUAAAGAAAGCCUGGUUGAUGAGUUUAGACCAAACGCUUUCUCAUCCUCUUCAAUCAACUGUGUACCAAGACCAGAUCUUUCCCUGUGUAACACAGCAGUAACUGGGAUGGGUUAAAGGUUUUGAUUUGAGUUCUCAUUGCAUUCUCAGCUUGUUUUUUUUUUCCCCACCAAAACAGGAAGAGUCUUCUGUCAUUUUCAUCAGAUAAGAAAAUUGAUUUCUGUGCUGAUACAUUUCCUGUUACUAUAAUCGACUAUGCUAUUAUCAGUCUGGAUACAUUUUCAGCCAUAUAUAUAUAUAUAUUUGAUUUUUUUUUUAAGACACUGUACUAAAUUUCAGGAUAUACUGGAUGUGUGAGGAUGCCUUUAAGUAAAGGACACGUCUUGAAGCUGCUUUCUGAAUGAGAAGCUUGGAUAGGAGCUCUCAGGCAUAAAAACAUAUUUCAUCACAAACGCAUGAACAUCGUGGCUUAUUAUAAAAUCAGUUAACAGCACGUCUUUCUUUUUUUUAUAUAUAUAUUUUUUAUUAUUAUUCCAGAUAUUUUUGUAUGUUGUGUCUAAAAUCUUGAGUGAAAAAUAAUUGGAAAAUAGUUUAUUAUUAUUAUUAUUAUUAUUAUUAUUAUUAUAUUUUUUUACUUUAAGUCCUCUAGGAUUUAAAACACAGAAAGAUGUUCACCUGAGAUGUCUGUUCGUCCCUCCUGUGUUCUGUACACUUAUUCCUGUCCUCUGUUUUGUGUGUAUUGUGCAAACAUGUCUGAUUUUGUCACAUAUCACGUUGCCUGUGUUUUACUUUGUACGUAAUCUAUUAUUUCAUGACUACAAUGAAGACCGAUGCAAUAAAAAUAAUUUUAUAUACAAGUCACCUGUACAUAUAAUAAUGAUCAUCUUAAAAUGCUAUAUGUCAGAGUUUAUUUAAAACCAAACACUAUAAACACAUGUUCUGUGUAUUGCUUCAGCAUCCUUUACCUUUCUGAACAGCUGUGAUCCCGUGCAAACAAUGAAACAAUAAAGUUUUCUUGGAAUAAACAUUAA